CAAAACGAAGAGUGCUGUAGAACUGUUCUUCACCAUCAAAGCCACGUCACCAGAUCUCCUCAACAACAGAGACCCGACGUCGCCACAGCUGCAGAAGGCCUUGAAAAUUGUAAAUCUAGCACAGCUCCGUAUGUCAGGCAACCGGUUCCUCUGGGUGUGGCAACUGAAUGACCCGGGGCUAGAAAACUUCGACUACCUCCAAGACGCGAGGCUGUUCUUCCUGACCACAGACGCGUGGCUCCUCAACGAGGAGGCUUUGGAAGAAGAGGAUAUAGUGAUCAUGGACGUAAAGGACAUCUCGCUGAGGAUCCUUACCAAGUUCAACCUGUCAAUAGCGAGGACGCUAUCGAAGUAUCAACAGGAUGCAAUACCAAUUCGACUGAAGCAAGUUCACGUAGUGAACGCUCCGUCGUUCAUAGACAAAGUCUAUGGUCUCGUCAAACCAUUCCUCAAGCAAGGCAUGACAGACAUGAUGCCGCAAGAUACAAACCACGAUUUGGUAGCCAUCAGGGAUUGGCUCGCAAAGGAGCCGUACUUACCACAAGACCUUGAUGACUUCAUGAUCAAGAAGUUCCUUCAUAGCUGCUACGGGAGCCUAGAAAAGACCAAGAAAUGUAUCGAAAAGUUCUGCACUACCCGGUCCAGUUUGACAGAACUCUACACCAACAGGGACCCUACGUCUGUCAAGAUGAAGACUGCAUUUUCAAUCACCUCAGUAGUCACAUACAAGGCGGGAGCGGAUGAGAUCCUGAUCCAUCAACUGGACGACCCACCCCUCGAAAAAUUCUCCUUCUACGACAUUCUGAAGGCGUUCACCCUCCAAGCGGACUAUUGGUUGAAGGUCCACGACUUCUUCCCUGAGGGACACAUCAUCGUCCUGGACAUAAAGGACUACUCGUUGAGGAUCAUCCCCAAAGUCAAUGUCAUGUACUUCAGGGAUUUCCUCAUUUAUUUACUGGAAGGCAUGCCUGUUCGAGUGAAGCAAGUGCACGCGGUGAACUGCCCGUCGUACUACGAAAAGCUGUAUGCGCUAGUCAAACCCGCCCUGCCUGCGGAAAUUUGCAAUAUCAUAACCUUCCACUCCAACGUGCAAAGCCUGCAGAAAUCGGUAGACAAGAAAUACUUACCAGCCGAGUAUGGUGGCGAUGCUCAAAGUAUGAAGGAACAGCAUCAGUUCUGGAUCAGCAAGAUUGAAGAAGAGAGGAAAAUGUUCCUAAACGACGGGAUGUGGAAAGCUGACCUGAAACUGAAACCGAAAAGCAACGCAGUUGAAAACGUCAUGAACGGAUCCUUCAGGACUUUGUCCAUUGAUUAAUAAGAUUCAAUAAGUAUUUUACAUCUAGUAGGAAAUAUUUGUACCUUUUGUAUUUUUAUUUUAGCUCAUGUUUUUAUUGUAAGUUAAUUAUUUUAUAAAGAGUAGAAUAAUAAAAGUGGUUGUAAGUGA